UGCUUACACAGGUUGAUAUGGACAGCAGCAAAGUGUGCAUGGCACAACAAGAGCAGAACAUGGUUUCAGGAAGGGUUGAAAAACAGAUUUCUGCACAAGCCAUGAGAAGUAAGAGUAGCGAAAAGAAGGCUGUGCAAGGGCAAGCAUUUACUGGUUUAUUCAAUAAAAGAAACUGCUUUGCAUGUAACGAGGCAUCACACACUCUGGAUCAAUGUAGCAUAAAAGAAAGACUGGCUACUGGUGCACAAUUAUUUGCCCAUUCUACAAGGCAACCAUUCUACAUGAUUCAACCUUCGGAGGAAGUUGUUGAGAAGGAGAAAUUCUAUCAUCACUGCCUGCUAAUCACAUCUGAUGUCAGUAACUUAGACCCAAGAAAAGUGAAAGUUGAAGUAAGCAAGUCCUGGCAGCUGACUAACUGGGAGAUAAGGACAGAAGGUAGACAGAAUUUCCUAGUAUCCUUCAACUCAGAGGAUGACCUAAUAAGCUGUUUACAGACUCCCAGAAUAGAAACGUCUAUAAAUGAUAAGGAGGUGAACUUUACUGUAGCAAGGUGGAAGGAAGACGAUGAAGAAAACAUUGAAUUGAUUAGAGCAUGGUUUUUGGUUUAUAGGGUCCCAAGGAUAUACAGAAACUGGAAGGAGCUAUAUCAGAUUGCAUCAGCAGUCGGAGUAUUGAUUGAUGUGGAUGAGGACAGUUUGGAAGGUGACAAUAAGGAGCCUAUUAAGCUAAAGAUUGCAUUACGAAGUGCUGAUGGUGCUCCUUUCUCAUGCCAUUUUGUGUUUGGAUGGUAUUCAAGAUCGGUUACAUUCACGAUGGAAGACAAAGUACAAAAUAUAGUGUGUGAAAGGGAGGUCUUACAAGAUAGCAAUGGUGAAGAUCAUCUUGAUGUAUUUGAUAAGGAAUGCAAAGACAACAUAAACGAAGUUAUUGAAAUUCCUCCAGAAAUACUGAAUAAAGGGGUGGAUUUGAAGAGCAAUAACCAUGAUACUAUAAUUGUUGCUUCAACACACAACCAUACAUUGGACGUUAAAGGCUGCUCAGGCAAGGAACUGGGGACAACAGAACCAGCUGUAUCAGUGGAAGAGCCUAACUUUGUUGAGGAGUUAAGAGCUCAAACAGAGAUCACAAGCAAAGACAACAACACAAGUGCUCCAGUGUGCACUACAAGCAACUCUGGAAAAACAGUAGAAGGCAGUCGUAGCGCUGAAAGGGAGCAAUCCAUUAGCAGAAGGUCAACUAGCAUGACUGGAGACACAUGCUUCAAAGCAACCACUGUGAUCCACUCUAAGAAAAUAACUGAAGGCAGUUCAAAAGUUGAAGGGGUGCAAUCCACAAGUGGAAAUUCAAUAGGCAUGAUUCAAGAAACACCAUUCAGAGGUAUACAAAAACCAACUGUCAAGAUUGUGUAUGCACGAAGAAAUAAAAUGCAAAAAAGAUCCAUGGAGAAUCAGGAUUCCAAAAGCCUCCGAGAAAAAGAACAUCUAAAUGAACUGGAAACAGCCCUAGGGGGUCAAGGGCAGAAAUCAGAUAAUGAGUCUGGAGGAGAUGGAAACAAUGCAAUUGCUCCAUCUGCCAUUGCAAUCAACUCUAAGAAGAAACAAAUAAAAGACUCUGCGACAAUUCAAGGAGCUCAAUCUAUCAGUGGUAGUUCGAUUGGAGAAACCCCAACAAAAGGACCCAGAGGAGCUCAACUUGAUGCAAAGCAACAUGUUUCCAAAAUGAGCAAACACGCACACAAUGAAUUUUUUGAGAGUUUCAGUGAGAUGGGUCUCCAAGAAAACCUACUGGAGGGAAUAUAUGCAUAUGGUCUGGAUAGGCCUUCUGUAGUCCAUCAAAGAGGAAUUGUCCCACUAUGCGAGGGUCUUGAUAGUAUCCGGCAGGCACUGUCUGGCACAACUGUGACAUUGUGUUGUGGCAUUCUGCAACGACUAGAUUAUGCAUCUAAAGAAUGCCAGGCUUUGGUUCUUGUACCAACAUGUGACUUAGCACAAGAGACUAAAAAGGUGAUUGGAGCACUUGGUCACUGCCUAGGUGUCAAAGCUGAUGCCUUUUAUGGAGGGAUUAAUGUCUGUGAGGACCAGCGAAUUCUGUCUAGCGGAGUUCAGGUGGUUGUUGGUACUCCUUGUCAUGUUCUUGGCAUGCUGAAAGGGAGAGCACUCUGUCCAGAUCACAUUAGAAUGCUCAUCUUGGAUGAAGCAGAUGACAUAUUCAGAUGUUGCAAGGACCAGGUUGAUUCAUGGCUUCUCCCAACCAAAACCCAGUUUGGGUUCUUCUCUGCCACUAUGUCCCACGAAGCUCUUGAGAUGUGCCGCAAGUUCAUGAAUAAGCCUGUGGAAAUCAUUGUGCCAAGAGAUGAAGAACUUGAGGGUAUCAAUGUCAAGCAGUUCUAUGUCAACAUUGAGAAGGAAGACUAUAAGCUUGACAAACUGUGUGAUCUUCUGGACCCCGCCGCAAUCACACGUAGCAUCGUUGUUAACACUCGGCGUCAAGCCAAGUCACUGACAAAAAGCAUUAGAGCCAAGGGGUACACUGUCUCAGCAGCUCAUGGAGGCAUGAACCAGGGAGCCAGAGACCAAGCUGUUCAGGAUUUCCAGUCUGGAUCGUCGAGUAUCCUCAUCGCCACUGAUCCUCGUGGCAUCGAUGUUCUACAUGCUCCUGUGGUCAUCAUCUACGAUCUCCCGACACAACAAGUCAGCUACCUCCGUCAUGUUCAAAGGAGCAGGCAACACGGAAGGAAGGGUGCGGCCAUCAGCUUCAUAACUCAUGCUGAUGAGCACAAUUUCUCUAGUAUCAGGAAGUUUGUCAACACCCAAAUAGAGGAGCUACCCUCCAAUGUUUCUGAUUUUUUCUGACAAAUUUCUUGGUCGUUUAUCGUGUGCAGAACUGAUCCAAGGGGGUACAUGUUUUACCCAUUAACCUUAUAACAGACCUCACUUUAUUAUGUAUAUAUUCCUAGUUGUGUUGGCAAAAUAGACUUAAUAUUUUUUCAUGGGGAAACUUUUUCAGGACUGGAAAUCUAGUCUGCAAUUUUAUGAAAUUUGAACUCAAAAGUUUACUAGUUGUUUACCGUCGGUGCUGGUUGGAUGUGUGAAUUUGGCUGUUGCUUGAAAUGUUCAUAUGCACUUAUCCAAUCUCUCAUUUUGAAUGUUCUAAUUUCUUGACCAUCAGCAUGCAUGG